AUGGUCCUUCAACGUCGUGAUCUACUGAUAGCGGGUGUCGGCGGCUUCAUCGCUUGGGGCCUGGUAGUACGCUGGUUGCCGAUCCUCCGAUAUUUCGGAUAUGCCCUGGCGUUGGGGGCCGCGUUAGUCUCCGCCGGUUUUCUCAAACUGGUUGUUUUGACGACCCGGGACAGAGAUGCCAGAAAUAAUAGCUCAAAGCAGGUCUCGGUCGCGUUUAUUACCCCGACGAACUGGCGGAAAGAGGUCUUAAAUGCGCGCAAGAUCGCUCGAUACCGUCCCAGACCGCUAUACCCGCAAUCCUUUGUCGUCUCGGAGGGGAUUGACGAACUCUUGUCGCUGGUGAAUCGUCAGUUUGUCUCGUCAUGGUAUCACAAUAUCAGUCCGAACCCUACAUUCGCAAACGAAGUCGAUCGAGUGGUGCGCGUUGCGCUGGAGAAUCUACGAGAUAGACUGCUGGCAGAAGAUUUGCUCUCGCUGAUCGUGUCGCGCGUCUUUCCAAUUUUGACAGCGCAUUUGCGGGAGUUUGAUGUCGCGGAGCGCUCAGUGCGUGGGAAGAAUCUCAACCGAAAUGUGACGGAGUCUGAGGAGCUUGAUCUUGCGAUAGCCAACAAGUUCCGCGAGGGACGGCUUCACCCCGCGGUGGGGCUUUCAACAUCGGAUCAAACCGUGGCUCAGCAGGAGUACUUGCGCAAGAUUGCAGUGGGAUUACUCCCCCAGUUGUUCCCGGAGAGUGUGCUCAACAGCCGAAUCGUCUCCGUGUUGAUUCGGGAAAUCAUUGCAUGUGCUGUACUGCUCCCAAUUGUGAAAGCACUAUCAGACCCCGACACAUGGAACCAGUUGGUGGAGGCAUAUGGGCGAACGACUUUGCAGGAUCGGAAAACUGUGCGCAAAUUGCGGGCAGCUCUAGAUGAGCACGCAUCUCCUGCGCCAAAGUCUCAACGCGGUCAACCAUUCCCAAAGCUUUCACCACUUGAUUCUGAACGCGCUUUUGAGCGCUUCAUUCGAGCGAUUAGGCGCUGCAACAAUCUAUCCGAUGCUCGCCGAUUCCGUGCCUUCGUUUCCAGUCAGUUGAAGCGGGAGAGCAUGGUCGAGGGACAAGACCAGGUGUAUCUUAGGCGCCUGGAAACGGGAAAAAGAAUCUUGGAUCAAAAGGUUUCCAAACUAUCUUUGCCUGGUGAAGUUGCCCCCUUGCCCCCUACUCCAGUGAAUACUCGCCAUGAUGGCGUCUCUGCGCCGCAAGAGACAUCGCUCGUGGACGUCUUGCAUAAGGCAUCCGGACUGUCAUAUUUCAUGGAGUUCAUGGACCGCCAAGGCCUCAUGUCUCUUGUCCAAUAUUGGAUUGUGGUCGACGGUAUCCGAAACCCGCUAGAAGAUGAUUUUGGAGAGGAGGCAUCCUCCACCUCGGUGACGUGGACCACUGCAGACAGAAAUGACUUAGCGCUGAUCAGCGAAACGUAUCUCACCAAGCCUGAGCUCAAGGUUUCUGAAGACUCUCGACGUGCAGUCAAGAAUUUCCUGAGUGCCGGCAAGCGUGCAACUCCCGAGCAAUACCGUAAAGCCCGAACGGUAGUCCUAACCACACAGUCAGCUGUGUUGGAGGAGCUAGAGAGCACCUACUAUCCCAAGUUCAAAGAGUCAGAUCUCUACUGGAAGUUCCUUGCAUCGGAUGAGGCGUCAGGUGCUCAGGCACGGGUUCCUCGCCCGUCUCUUCCAGCGGUGGUUUUUGAGGCCCCUGAAAGACGACCCUUGCCGCCGCUCCUCGUGCGGACUAAUUCCCAGCCCGGUACUAAGCCCGCGAAGGAUCUGAGACGCGCUGCAGUAUCAUCCAGCGAUGUGCGCAGCAUGGGAAAACUCUUUGAUGAUGAUAACUCUCCACGACGAUCCAUAGACUCUGAGCGAUCUGCACCUCUAUUUGACGACGACUACGACACCGAUCAUCUUGCCAUGUCUACGGCCAGCCUAGGCAAGGACUCGCAGAAUGGCGAGCAUGAUGCCACACAGAGCCAGGUCCUGGAGACCAUGGAAGCAGCUCUGAAUGACAUUAUCACCAACGAGCCGAAGAACGGCAAGGUGGACGAUCUGAGGAACAGUGAUCUGAGAACCAGUGACGCUGCCUCUUCUUCGUCGCUGUUCGGCCCAGAGGGCUCUGAGAUGUCCCCGCGUGCUUUAUCCGAUGUCCCUCGCGUGGACGGCCGUCCUCAGCUAGACAAGGCUAAGAAGAGCAUUGCCUCGUUGGGUCUGGUGGACCACGCUUCGCGGCUGGGUGUUUUUGACGACGAUCUGUUCCCGGACCAGCAAAAGUUCAUCGAAGAUGAGUAUGAGGAGCCAGUUGGUACAGAUGAAAAGGACCCCGCGGACGAGGUUCAUGAAGCUGCACCUGGCGAUCUCGGCCUCACAGAAGCCAUUGAAGCUCUUUCUACCGAUAUCGAUAAGCUGACCGCGCAAGACUUGGUGGUCGAAGCGCUGACUCGCAAGGCCGAACUAACCAAUAAUACCGCUGAGCUACGCAUCUUGCGCAAGUCUAAGGCUAGCAUCCAGCGUGAGAUCCAUCGCAAGGAAAUGCAGCGGCAGCAGUACACUCUACAAGAAAGCGAUAAUAGCUUGUACGGUCGCUCUACAGUUCGUAUCAAGUCUAUCGUGGUAGGCAAGGAUGAGGAUGAUGGGCGUGAGUUCGCAAUGUAUGUGGUUGAAGUCCAGCGCAACGCCGGCGAGCAAAUGCCCGCCGCAUCUUGGGCUGUUGCGCGCCGGUACAGUGAAUUCCACGAGCUGCACCAGAAGCUACGCUUGAGCUAUCCGUCAGUGCGACACCUGGAAUUCCCGCGCCGCCGUAUGGUCAUGAAGCUACAGAGAGAGUUCCUCCAAAAGCGACGCCUCGCUCUAGAAUCCUACCUGCAGAAACUACUCUUACUCCCCGAAGUCUGCUGCAGCCGCGAUCUCCGAGCGUUCCUCUCCCAGCGCGCCAUCCUGCCCCGCGAAGAUACCAAUGCCCGAGGCAGCGAGGGCGAAACCAAGGACCUUGUCACGCGCAUCUACAACUCCGUCGCUGACGGCAUGGAUGACUUCCUCGGCAACUUCGGCGUUCUCGACCAACUCUCCACGGCAGGCCAGAACCUGAUAUCCGCUGCGACUGCACAAGCGAGCGUCAGCACCGCGCAUGACCCUGCCCUCGCCACUGAAGACGCCGUCACCACGGCCGAAGCCGAGGCCGAGCUGAACGCCUUCGAGGACCGCGAGCUCGAGCCCUUCAUCAAACCAAUCUGCGACCUCUUCCUCGAAGCCUUCGAGUUGAACCGCGGCAACAACUGGUUACGCGGCCGCGCCGUGGUCGUGGUCCUCCACCAACUCCUCGGCGGCACCAUCGAGCGCAAAGUCCGCGACAGCGCCCGCUCGCUCUUCCAGGAUGACUCACUGCUGCGCUAUCUCGCCCUCGCCCGCGAUCUCCUCUUCCCCGGUGGCACCUUGCGCACGUUCGUGCCGCGCUCGCCGCCAGAACGUCUCAGGAGUCGCGCCGAGGCUACCGUCGUCCUUGCAACGCUCAUCCCGGAUGUGGCGGGGAAUGUCGUCGGCCGUGCGAAUGCGCAGGCUGCGGCGCGCCGCAUCUUCGCGACACUGAAUAAUCGCCCUCUUAAUACGCACCUUGCAUUCACGGUGCUGGACGAAAUCGUCCUGGUGUUGUUCGGUAGUGGUAAUCGGGAGCCUGGUCGCUCCCGCUGA